AUGUUUGUGGCCGGUGCUGAAGAACGUAAAACUCAGAAGAAGCAGCCUGGUGGAUGGAAGGCCAUUGCUUAUAUUCUAGGGAAUGAGACGUUUGAGAGGCUGGCAGUGUUUGGACUGCUUGCGAACUUUCUGGUGUAUCUGACGAGGGAGCUUCAUAUGGAUCAGGUUUCUGCUGCGACCAUCAUGAGUUUAUGGUUUGGUCUCUCUAACUUUGGACCUCUCAUUGGUGCUUUCGUUUCUGAUGCUUAUGCUGGUCGAUUCGCCACCAUCGCUUUCGCUUCUUUCUUCUCUCUUUUGGGAAUGAUCGUGAUGACUCUAACGGCGUGGUCACCGGAGUUACACCCUCCACCAUGCACUGCUCAAGAACAAGAACUAAACCAAUGCGUAAAACCCACCAAAACCCAUAUCGGUGUUCUGACAAUGGGACUUCUCUUACUAGCCAUUGGUUCUUCUGGUGUGAGACCUUGCAGCAUUCCCUUCGGGGUCGACCAAUUCGAUGCCGACAUAGAAGAAGGAAGAAAAGGAAUCAAUAGCUUCUUUAACUGGUACUACACUUCAUUCUCCAUCGUGCUUUUGAUCAAUCAGACUCUUGUGGUUUACGUACAGGACUCUGUCAGUUGGAAGAUUGGUUUUGGGAUUCCUACUGUGUGUAUGUUCUUCUCCAUCAUCAUGUUCUUCGUGGGGACUAGGGUUUAUGUUUAUGUGAAGCCAGAAGGGAGCAUAUUUUCUGGUGUUGCUCAGGUUCUUGUUGCUGCUUAUAGAAAGAGAAAACUUGAGCUCCCUGACGAUUCUGAGAAAGAGAACGUGGAUGAGGCAUUUUAUGAUCCUCCUUUGAAGAACGACAAUAGUGUUUCCUCCAAGCUUCCUUUGACAAACCAGUACAGGAUGUUAAACAAAGCUGCUUUAAUAAUGGAAGACGAGUUAAACCCAGACGGAAGCAGAAAAAGCAAGUGGAGACUUGCUAGUGUUAAGCAAGUAGAAGAAGUGAAAUGCCUCGCAAGAACCCUCCCGAUCUGGGUAACUGGAAUCCUCAGCUACAUCCCCGUUGCUCAGCAAACAACAUUCACAGUCUCACAAGCUUUAAGAAUGGACAGACACUUAGGACACAGGUUCCAAAUCCCCGCAGGUUCAAUCCUAGUAAUGUCAAACGUCGCCGUCUGCUUCUUUGUACCUCUCUACGACCGAUUCCUCGUACCAGCUCUCAGAAAAAUGACGCACCUCGAAGGUGGCAUCACCUUGCUUCAGAGAAUCGGAAUCGGCAUGGUGCUCUCAGAACUGGCCAUGGUCGCCGCCGGCUUGGUGGAAGCAGCUAGAAGGGACUCGGCUAACUCGACCGGGUUCAUCAUGUCGGUUUUCUGGCUGGUCCCACAGUUGGUUUUGAUGGGUUUGUCUGAGGCUAUGAAUAUUAUAGGACAGAUUGAGUUUUUCAAUAAACAGUUUCCAGAACACAUUAAAAGCACUGCGAAUUCCCUGGUGUUUUGUUCUCUUGGGAUUGCGAAUUAUUUGAACAGCUUGCUGAUGACCAUAGUUCAUUAUGGAACUCGACGUCAGGGGAAUUGGUUGGCGGAUGAUUUGAAUGUUGGGAGGUUGGAUUACUUUUACUACCUCAUUACUGUGAUUGGAGGUUUGAAUCUGGUUUUGUUUAUCUGGGUUGCUCGUACGUAUGAGUACAAGGAAAGCUUGAAGGUUCACAAUGACGACGACGACGCCGCUAGUCGUGAUCAUGAUGUGGAGUCACAGGGAAAUUAA